CCCAUAAUGCAUUGCAAAAAAACACAGGUCCUUGUUUGAGGCAUAACGUAGCUAGCAAGUUAGCUAUUGAAGACCGAUUAAAUAUCGUUUCAUUUUGUACUUUAGACUUGACUUAUAUGAAAACAGAUAUAAUACGUUGACACAAGAGUACAUUGUGUGCACGCCGCCUGUUUUCAGGUCACUCCACCUCCCAAGAUGUCGUAUCCCCCACACCUGAACCGUCUCCCCCAGUUGCCCCCCGGGAUUCGCCCUCCCCAAUUCGCAGGGUUCCCCCAGGGAGUCCCAGCAGGUACGCCCAUGAUUCCAGUCCACAUGGGGAUAAUGACCUCUGCACCUACGGUCCUUGUUCCUACCACAGUGUCUAUGGUCCAGAAGCCUCCCGCUCAGAGGAAAGACCUGAACCCAGUCAGAGCCAAGGAGAUCCAGGAAGGGGGCAGUGGAGGUCCCACCACUACAGUGUUUGUAGGGAACAUCUCAGAGAAGGCUUCUGACAUGCUGGUCAGACAGCUGCUAGCGAAAUGUGGCUUGGUCCUGAGCUGGAAGAGAGUCCAAGGAGCUUCUGGGAAACUGCAAGGUAAAAACAAAACAGCGUUUGGUUUCUGUGAGUACAAGGAGCCAGAGUCCACCCUGCGUUCCCUGCGUCUGCUACAUGAGCUGUUGCUGGGAGACAAGAAGCUGCUGGUCAAGGUGGAUGCUAAGACCAAGGCCCAGCUAGAGGAAUGGAAGGCCAAGAGGAGGAGUGCCAACGGGGGAGCAAUGUCAGAGGACGGGCUCAAGGAGGAAGAGGAAGAGGAGGAGGAGGAUCUUGAUGAGGACACAAAGCGUCGUGACCAGAUAGUGAAGGGGGCCAUCGAGGGGUUGAUCCGGGAAUACGGCAGUGAGCUCAACGCCCCUUCUCAGGACGGGGACAACCAGCCUCGCAAGAAGAAGAGAGAGAAGAAAGAGGAGGUAGAGGACAUCAAUGUGAUGGAGAUGGAGGAUGACAAAAGAGACCUGAUAUCCAGAGAGAUCUCUAAGUUCCGGGACACUCACAAGAAACUGGAGGAGGAGAAGGGAAAGAAAGAGCAGGAACGGCAAGAGAUCGAUAAGGACAGGAGGGAGAGAGACAAAGAGAGGGAGCGAGAGAGGGAGCGCCGGGACCGCGAGAGGGAGAAGGAGAAGGAGAGAAACGACAACAACAACAAGGACAGAGACCGGGACCGGAUCGAUCGGGAACGUGAACGGACAAAGGAGAGAGAGAGGGAACGAGGAGAGAGGGAACGAGGAGAGAGGGAACGAGGAGAGAGGGAACGAGGAGAGAGGGAACGAGGAGAGAGGGAACGCGGAGAGAGGGAACGCGUGAAGGAGCGGAGUCGAGAAGUCAGCAAAGACCGCAGUAGAUCCAGAGAACGGAGCCGCGAUGAGAAGAAACACGACCGUGAGGAAGAUCAGGAGGAGGCGUACGAACGCAGGAAGCUGGAGAGGAAGAUGAGGGACAAGGAGACUGCCUACCAGGAACGUCUGAAGAACUGGGAGAUCAGGGAGAGGAAGAAGGCUCGGGACUACGACAAAGAGAACCAGCGAGAGGAGGAGAGACGACAUGAGAUGACAAAAGAAGGCAAGCGUCUGAAAGAGUUCCUGGAAGAUUAUGACGAUGACAGAGAUGAGUCAAAAUACUACAGGGGUAGUGCAUUACAGAAGCGUCUGAGAGACCGUGAGAAGGAGACAGAGCUGGAUGAUAGAGACAGGAAGCGGGAGAAGGAGGAGCAUGAUCAGAUCAGACAGAGACUGUUAGCUGAGGGACACCCAGACCCUGAGGCCGAGCUGCAGAGGAUGGAGGAGGAGGCAGAGAGGAGGCGGCAGCCCCCAGUGAAGCCGGAGCCAGAGGAGGAGGAGGAGGAGGAGGUGCAGCAGGAGAAACCACACAGGGAGAGGGAGCACCGAGAGAGGGAGCACCGGGAGAGGGAGCACCGGGAGAGGGAGCACCGGGAGAGGGAGCACCGGGAGAGGGAGCACCGGGAGAGGGAGCACCGAGAGAGGGACAGGAGAGGAGGUGGAGGUGCAGACAGGCCUCCUCCCGAACACCCUCAGUCCCAAUCAGACGAUGAUGUGGAGGAUGGAGAGGAGCUUGACGAUCGUGACGGGGAAGACUCGUCAGAUGCCAGGACACACCCACACCUCAAGCCCACACUGCGGCCAAUCACGUCGGCACCCUCUGUGUCGUCGGGCAGCGGCGGCGCCACGCCCAACUCCCCUGGCAACGAGUCUCCGUGUGGCAUCAUCAUCCCCCAUGAGAACUCUCCAGAAGCCCAGCCCACAGAUGAACACCGGCCGAAGAUAGGCCUCAGCCUGAAACUGGGCGCCGGCGCCAGCCCCAACCAUCAGAUCCACACUGGGAGUAAACGUAAGAAGCUGGCCAACGUCGACAGCGUCUUCAACAAGUUUGGAGAGGAGGAGGCCGACGAGGCGCCCCGUAAACGUAAGCUGGUUCCGCUGGACUACGGUGAGGACGAUAAGAGUUUGGGUCUGGACGGGGCGGAGGUACCUGGAGGGAAGGGAGGACAAAACACAGAGGAGAAACGAAAACACAUCAGGAGUCUGAUUGAGAAGAUUCCUACGGCCAGACCUGAGCUGUUCAACUACCCUCUGGACUGGACCGCUGUGGACUCGACUCUGAUGGACCGUCGCAUCAGGCCCUGGAUCAACAAGAAGAUUAUAGAAUAUAUCGGAGAGGAGGAAGCUACGCUAGUCGACUUUGUUUGUUCGAAGGUCAUGUCUCACGGUACACCGCAGGGGAUCUUGGAUGAUGUUGCCAUGGUUCUGGAUGAGGAGGCAGAGGUGUUCAUAGUUAAAAUGUGGAGGUUGUUGAUCUACGAAACAGAGGCUAAGAAGAUUGGUCUGGGGAAAUGAAGACUAGUACUACUAUCUAGUACUACUACAGUAUUACUGCUGUCAGGGACAGUUUUUUUCCCCCUCUGGUUUCAAGUCUCUUUAUUUCUCUGACUGAUCGACUGAUCACACGGACACCUCUCACUCACUAGGGUGUCGGGACUACGAAUAUGGGCCUUGUUACCAGUCCCCAACCACCCUCUACCCCCCUCUACCACUCAAACCCGCCUCUACCGCUCCCCAACCCCCCCUCUGUCACUCAAACCUGCCUCUACCGCUCCCCAACCCCCCCUCUGUCACUCAAACCCGCCUCUACCGCUCCCCAACCCCCCCCUCUGUCACUCAUCCCUCCUCUACCGCUCCCCAAAACCCCCUCUACCUCUCAUCCCCCUCUACCGCUCCCCAAACCCCCCUCUACCUCUCAUCCCCCUCU